AUGUUUGGAUUCGUAACGUCGACAAGCAGUCCACUGGGACUGCGUUUCUCAUCGUUUCAUUCAAACACAAUCACUUGCUUUCAUCACGUAUCAUCUGGGAAGAAUCAGUUUGGAGGCACCUGUCGCACAGCGAACGGUGCUCCAGCACGACUAGGAAGCCGACGACUCGCGCCUCCGCGAGUGUUGCGAACCCUGAAUUGCUCUACGAUGGACUUGACUGCGCCUGUGACGUCUUCUGGGAACAAUUCGAUAGGCGAUCAUAGCGCACAGGGUCGUCUGACGCCACUUGUGCCGAUUCUCAUGGGAUCCAAGGCCGACAAAAAACACUGUGAUCAGAUCGCCGCAGCCUGCCAUCGCUUCGGCCUGGCAACGGAGAUGCACGUGCUCUCUGCCCACAAGGUGCCUACUCGGCUAUUGGAGGUUGUCGGUCGACUCGAGGCCGAUCCUCGACCCAAAGUAUACAUCUCGGUCGCUGGUCGCUCGAACGCACUCUCGGGGCUACUCGACGGGUCGGUGGCGUCGCCCGUGAUCGCCUGUCCGCCGCCGUCGGAUGCCUUUGGCGGUGCUGACAUCUUCUCGAGCCUGCGUAUGCCGGGUGGCAUUGCGCCGGUGGUCUCUCUGGACCCCGGCAAUGCAGCCCUAACAGCUGCGAAGAUUCUGGGCAUUCACGAUCCGCUCGUGCGAGACCGGGUUCGGGCGUUCCAGAAAGCGAAUCGCGAUCGGCUGUACGUCGAUGACGCGGAGGUCGCGACCAGCGCCUACCUUGCGGAUAUCCAGGCUGCAGCACGCGAAAACAACGUGCUGGUCUCGACGGAUGGAGUGCUGUCUGCGCUGGUCCAGCAGCAUGCAGGUACCUGGCGAAAGAAGCAAGGCAAGGUUCGAGAUCAGUUCUACUCGGACGCUGCCAAGCACAUGAUUCUCGUAACCACAGACCGUCAAUCGGCAUUCGACCGAGUGCUGGCUGCUGUGCCCUUCAAGGGUGCAGUGCUUAACUUGGUAUCGGCGUGGUGGUUCCGCCGCACCGAACACAUCGUGCCCAAUCACCUGAUCGCUGUACCACAUCCCAAUGUGACAAUCGCCAAGCGCUGUGAUCCGUUUCCGAUUGAGUUCGUUGUCCGAGGAUAUGCAACGGGCUCCACAUCGACAUCCCUGUGGAAGAACUACGAGCGAGGCGUUCGGGAAUACUGUGGUAUUAAGCUCCCCGACAAUCUUCACAAAAACCAAAAACUCUGGAUGAAUUUGGUGACCCCAACAACCAAGGAGGACAUCGGCGAUGCCCUCAUCUCUCGUCAGGAAAUCAUCGACCGCGGUCUCAUGAGCGCGGUCGACUUUGACGCCUGCGCAGCGUACGCGUUGCGACUCUUCGAGUACGGCCAACAAGUUGCCUCGGAGCACGGCCUGAUCCUAGUGGAUACAAAGUACGAGUUUGGACGCGAUGCAGACGGUCAGAUUUGUUUGAUCGACGAGAUCCAUACACCCGACUCGAGUCGCUACUGGCUCGCCACGUCCUAUGAAGAGCGUAUCGCCAGCGGCAAAGAACCUGAAAAUAUCGACAAAGAGAUCCUCAGGCUCUGGUACCGCGAUCAUUGCGAUCCCUACAAGGACGAGAAGCUCCCAGAAGCACCGCUCGAGCUCGUAACCGAACUCAGCCGGCGCUAUAUUCAGCUGUACGAAAUGAUUACCUGGGAUAAGUUUGAUCUGCGAUUGUCGACUCCGUCGGAGUUGCAGCAGGCAUUGGGACCGUGGUUUUCUGGGCAGGGCGCCAAAGCCAACUUUACGAUGUCGUCUCCAUAA